AACUAGUUUUUCCGUCUCACUCGCACGCUCCUGGUGGUAGUGGGAACCUGGGCUCGCGCCAUUACGCGUUUUUGUGCGGUCGAGGUCACACGUAUAAUAUUCAGUUAUUAAUUUAUCGUAUUCCCUACUUCGUACGCGCACAAAAAGAUCUCGUCAUCGCCAUGGGAAAAAGAAAAAGAUCGCGUUCAAGGGACGACGAUUACGACAGUAUAUUAAAGAAAGUUAAAAAACUGGAAAAACGGUUACAAAACUGUCGACGAAGUUAUUCGCGCUCGCCGUCCAUUGAACAGGAAAAUAUAGACGUGAAUAUAGACGGUCAUCAAUCGGAAGUGCAGUCGCCGUUGCGCGACAUGGAAUUUACUGAACCAGAUAAUAAAGAUAUCGAAAAUGAAGAUUGUGUAAAUGAAAACAAUGUAGAUAACGCCGAGCAGACUACGAACGUGGAACCUGAGUUGGACCCUAAUAUUUUAAGCAUCUUAGGAGAUGACCCCCAAAAUCAGACCACUUUUGGCGAAAAAUUACACAAGGAUAUUUCAACAAGAUGGCAACAUAUUUUGUUGAACGGGCUACAAAAGGAAAUAAAAUCUGAAUUGAUUAAAUUAUACCCUGUCCCCGAAAAUUGUAGUAAUUUAAAGGCGCCAAAACUUAAUUUAGAAAUAAAGGCGGCACUUACUGAAGUGAAUUUGAAAAAAGAUAACUUCAGUGAAAAUAAGCAAAAUCAGCUGUCUAGCGGUAUUGCAGCCCUAGGAAAAGCAUUAAGCGUCGCAUUUGGUAGCAACCCGUCUUCUCAAGACCUAAUAAAAUACCUAAGCGAUGCAGGACGCUUGUUAUGCGAUUACCACUACAGAGAAUCACAAUCACGUCGAUACUCCAUAAUAAAUACUCUGAAUAAACAGACUCGCGAUACUAUCAGAGACAGUAAAUUGGACGAAUACCUAUUUGGAUCUGAUCUGGCCGACCACUUGAAGUCGUCUAAGGCAAUUGAGAAAUCGGGACUAGAAUUAAAGCCCGUGUACACGCCGCGGGUGCAAUCCAGGGUCGUUCCAGCCACUCAACCUCAUCGAGGGGCUUUAAACUCACGGGGGGCGUCGCGGACAGCAGCCGCCGAGACACGCCCGUACGCCGCUGCCCGCAGACAACCAGCGCCCGCGCCGACGACCAGGGAUGGCAGGGAUCGCCGCUACGAACCGUCGACGAGCCGCUCGAGCUACCAUCAUCGUCAGCGAGGGAGGAGACGCUGAGCACCGCGUCGCAGAGCCUGCCACCCACUGCACUCAAGCCUUUCCCUGGUGGCCGCGAAGUUAUCGGGCAGUCGUUUAUAAGGAGAGGAACACCUCAUAGCUCCCUAAAGGUUGUCUUGGCCUCUUUUUCUGAUAAUACCAUUUC